GCUUCUGAUUCCCGCUGGGCGUUUCCCGCUUUUCUCCUGUCAUUUGCAGAGGCUUUUAGGUCCCCACAGAUGGCGACGUCUCCCAAGUUCCCUGCCCCAGUCUUCCCCGGUAGCAGUGGAGAUAAAAAGGCUGAGCUUGAAAUCGGUGAAUGGAAAGAGAAGAGUUUUGGUCCCAGUUUUGCCAGCGAGGGACAAACUUCCACCCAGACAUCAACUAGACCUCAUAGCCCUUCAGUAUCCAACCCAGCACCAGAUCUGACUUCUAGCAGCUCUUUGGAGGCAAAAUCUUCCAACUAUUUUUCUGCUUUGGAUGCCACGGUGGAGGACCUGAAGAACCGAGCCCAGAUCUUGAUUGAUAAAAUUAACGAGGGACGGAAUAAAGAUCAGGCUUUAAUGAAAAACUUUAAUGAAAGCCUUGCCAAGAAGGUUGCCGAGCUGUCCAAGAUCCUGGAGGCCAGAAUGUACUGCAUGUAUGAUGAGCACAACAAACUGCUGCAGGAGAGGCUUCAAGAGCUACCAGAGAUCAUGGACAGGAUUGGAGAGCUGCAGUCAGAGCUGAAACAAGUGUGCCAAACUGUCGUUACUGUCUACCAGGACAUCUGUGUGCAUCCCGACGUCUAAUCACCAAAACGUUCAUAAUGCCUAUGGCUAUAUUCUGCUAAGCUUACUCAAACCCCUUACUCAAGUAUCUGCCUGUUCAUGUAUGGUUUUGUUUCCAGUUACAACUUGGUUCUACUGUUUCUCAAAUAAAACAACAGUGUUAAACAAAACAAAUUCCUAAAACCGUCAUUAAUUAUUC